AUGAGUGAGUUGACAUCGGAAAAGAUCGCCAAGGCCCUUAAAGGUGCUGGUCUUUCUUCCAAACAAAGAAUUGAAAAAGCACUCGAAGCUUGGCACAGCAACGCUAUUUUUUUCCCUAAUAAGGACGAUUUUUUAUUUGACUGGAUCUGCUCGGCCUUUGCAAAACCCAACUUGAAAAAGUAA